UUUCUUUCAAAACAAUCUAAGAUUGUACUUUGAUCUAACAACCCCCACCCCCUCUCAACAAUAUAUAUAUAUUCUUAAAUUCAUCUAUCUUUUCCCUGAGUUUGAGGACAAAGCUGAAAAAACACCAUUCUAAAACUCUCUUCCUUUUGCAGCUGAAAAGUUAAGUACUACUUGUAUUCAAGAUGAGUAAUCUUACUUCUAGUCCUACACCUUGUAGUAGAUCAUGGUCAAUUAGUGAGGACUCAUUGAGAAGGUAUGUGUUCUAUGCAAGUGAAAAUUGCAUCCAAGAGUUGUUAUCAGCUUCAGAUUCAAAAAAUGGGAAUGAUGGCUGGAAAAUACUUGGCAUAGAUAACGGUGUCGAGGUAUCAAAACGCCGUUCAGCUUCACUUCACACUUUCCGUAGCCGUUGGUUGCUCAAAUCUGUCUCCCCAGAACAAUUCAUUACUGUGGCUAAUGCCAUUGAUGCUGCAAGGCAAUGGGACCGUGACUUAGUAGAAGCAAGCUACAUAAAGGACUUGGAAGAUAACCUAAGUAUUAUACGCCUUAGAUUUGGAGACAACUCAAAGCCUCUCUUCAGAAACAGAGAAUUUAUUGUCUAUGAACGUCGUGAAACUAUGGAUGAUGGCACCUUGGUAGUAGCAGUAGCUUCUCUUCCAAAAGAGAUAGCAGCAGGGUUGCACCCAAAGCAAAACAAUGCAAUACGAGGCCUAUUGUUGCAAUCUGGAUGGGUUGUUGAGAAACUUGACCAUGACUCUUGCAUGGUCACUUACGUUGUCCAGCUGGAUCCAGCAGGAUGGUUACCAAAAUGCUUCGUGAACCAUUUCAACACAAAGUUGGUUAUGAUCAUUGACAAUCUUAAAAAGCAAGCUGUGCUCUCUAGCCCUACCAAUAGUGAUGAUAGUACUUGAUUACCACUUUGUACAAACCAAAAAAACAAAAAAAGGAGGAACAAAAGUGAGUAAUAUUUAUAGUUGAAUAUAUAUAAAUAUGAACCUGUUUGAUCAUA